ACGAACACCAGAAAAUGACGUCAGACUCUAGGCCCUCGGCGAUGGGCGAGGCCGAUCAACUUCGACCACUGCACUAACAUCCUUUGGUUAAAUAGCUGCAAGAACGUUAUUAAUCGCUAACGUUGUCCGAUAUCCCUGAAGCUCGACUUACUCAAUCUUCUCAUACGCUUCUUGCAUUACCCUUAGUACUCUUUCUUUUAGCCACAUACUCCUUCGACGACACAACGUAUACAAUAUGAAUUCUGGCUCGCUUUCCGUUAGCAACCCCAAGGUCCAAGAAGACGACCUUACCUAUGGGGACCAGCCCACGGGUCCCGGUGAAUCCGCCGAGAACCCCGGUGGUGUUUUUCCUCAAGUCGCCCCCGAACCCGCCGGUUCCGCCAAACAAAACCGGGUGGAUCAGCCCAUGACCGGUGGGGUUGCAGGAGGAUCUCAAGCCGAGGCCGUCCCGCAAGCGGCAGGGGGUGUACCAGGGACGGGCGGGCCUAGUGAUACGGCUACUGACCCGAGGGUGGUCUUUUCGAACCCUAUGAUGUUCUCGGAACUCAUGAUCAAGAUCGACCACUCGCUCACCGAGGCCAUCAACGCCAUCGAGGAUGAGAGCGGUUCGGGCCUCUCGGAUGUGGGGAGGGCUCUGCAGGAAAAGUUCAAAGGGUGGAGACAAGAGGUCGACGAUAUGCGACGGGGCAAGCCGGUGGCCUCGAAACACGGACAUUCGGUUACCAAGACCGAUGGCGGCGAAGGCGGUCUCUACACCGACUGAACGAGCACAGGAUCAUCGGAAGAAUAGACAUGAGACGAGCUCCACUGACGGAAAUCAAUACGACGAGUACUCUGUAUACUUAGAGCGAAUUUUGAAGCAUGUAAUACUUAGGAUGGAGACUGUUCGACCUGAGGAACAGAUGCGCCUCACAGAGGUAGCUGAACGGACAUGACGACGUUCUGGCUGUCAUGAGACGUGACCAGCGCAGAUGACCAACUGCUCUCAUCUCAUCAUCACCCCUACUUCGCUGUAUUACCGGUCGAUUCGAUUCUAUGUGAGGAAGGGGGACAAUGAAU